AUGGCUCGUACUAAGCAAACUGCUCGUAAAUCUACAGGAGGUAAAGCUCCAAGAAAACAAUUAGCUACAAAAGCUGCACGUAAAUCAGCACCAUCAACUGGAGGUGUUAAAAAACCACAUAGAUAUCGUCCAGGAACUGUCGCUCUUCGUGAAAUCAGAAAAUAUCAAAAAUCUACUGAACUUUUAAUUCGUAAAUUACCAUUCCAACGUUUAGUUCGUGAAAUUGCUCAAGAUUUUAAAACUGAUUUACGUUUUCAAUCUGCAGCUAUUGGAGCACUUCAAGAAGCCGCUGAAGCAUAUCUCGUUGCACUUUUUGAAGACACAAAUCUUUGUGCCAUUCAUGCCAAACGUGUCACAAUUAUGCCAAAAGAUGUUCAAUUGGCAAGAAGAAUUCGUGGAGAGAGAGCUUAA